GAGCGGCCAUGCUUUUCUGGCCGAGAUCUUGGCGCGCCUGUGGACUGGAGCAGGCGGCGGGGAUAUGCUGCGCGAGAUGCCGCGGAGCCUGAUGGUGGCCGAGCUGCUGUUUGUGCUGCAGGGUGACGGGGAAGAGGGCAGCAGUGCCAAGAGCAUCCUCUGCUUGUGUUCGCGGGUCUUUGUGGAGGAUCGAAAAUUGUACAAACAAGGUUUAAAGGGGUUUUAUGUGAAUAAUGAAAAUGACAGUGUAGGGGAAGACCUAGUCUCUGAGGAAGAAGAAAGGUUUAAUUCCAUUGUGUGUGCUGAUUUAUCCAAUGACCAUGCAUUUGGACUGGAAGAAAAUACGUUAGAUUCAGAGACUGAACUCAUGAAGAGUAUGGGAUUACCUGUACAAUUUGGAAGCGUAACAAGCCCUAAGGCAUUUGUGUUUCAGGAAUUUGAAAAUGUUGAAAAGAGGUGUAAAAUAAGGAAGAAAAAAAAGACGACGAAGAAUAGGCUGCAAAAAGAUAUUCUUGAAAUGACACAAGAGAUUUUGCAAGAUGGUCACAGAGAUGACGACGACUAUCUUUUUGAUGAGUCCUUAAUUAAAGAGGAUAGUAAGAAUAAUGAGACAUGUGAAAAUGGGGCUAUUGUACCCAAAGAGUUUCAUGAGAAUGAAAAAUGGGAAAACUAUUGGCAUGAAUAUGGAGAAGGACUUCUAUUGCAGAGUUGGCAGGAGAAGAACAAGGAUGGUGACUCUGUGCUUUUAGCUGUGUCUGAACCUUGGAGCAAUCCUGAGCUGAAAGAAAAGUGGGAGCAGCAUUAUAAUGAACUGUAUUGGUAUUACUGGGAACAGUUUCACUAUUGGUCGUGCCAGGGUUGGACUGUUGAUGCUAGCAACAGCACAAUAGCAAGCACAGAUAUGCUAGAAACCACGGCAACAGAAGACUCCCAGGAUAUCGACACAGGUGGCGACUGUGAAAAAAUUCUGGAUUCAGAAUUUCAUUCUCUUUCUGUUUGUGCCAGCUGCAAGGAAAAUCCCAUUCUACCUGAUGAACAAUGUAAUGAAAUUCUUACUGCAAUUAAAAAAAUAAAUCUUGAUUCUGAAGAAGUGAAGCAGAGUGAUCCAGCAGAUGUGGUUGAUAGUUCAGGUAUUCAAGGACUGAGUUCAAGAAGUGAUUCUAAUCCGGCUGAAACAUCUGAUAAAGGAACAAGGGAAAGAAAUGUGUCAUCAGAAAAAGAGUGUCAGCCAGUGUCUGAGAGGUCAUCUAGAGCAGAUGCCACAGGAGGUGGGGGUUCUAAUAACAGUGAUGAUGAUGAUGAAGAAGAUGAGCAGCCCCCAGAACGUAAGCCUUCCAAAUUAAAGAGGAGUCAUGAACUAGAUGCUGAAGAAUACGGUCAGGCAGAUCCAGAAAGCAUUUGUUGUCUUCUGGGGCUCAAACAUGGCACGGGACAAAAAUACAGGGGAAUUCCCAGCUUCAGCGAAAGACGAAUGACACAUUUCAAUAAAAAUAUGAAGUUUAAGUCUGAGUUCUUGGACAUGCGCACAACAGUCAGGACCAAAAACAAACACAUCUUUUUUACUGAAAGAUCGGAUACGCUGUUUUGCAAGCAGAGCAAAACAGUAAAUAAGGUGGAAAAGUUCUUGAAACAAGUAAAUGAGCCUUUGGAAGAGAAAUUUCAGGACUCAUUGUUGCAAGAUGUAGUUCAUCACUCUUCUACAAGGAGUGAUUUAGAGGAGCAAGAAAAUGAUGAUCGUUCUCCAGCUACUUUGAGUUUCCAAAACAGUGCCUUGUUACCCUCCGGCUCUGCUUCUUGUAAAGCUGAAAGACUCAUAAUUGAAGAGCAAGGCAAGGAGAAGGAGGUGAUAGCAGCAGGUGACUGUAAUUCUCAGGAAUCAGAGACAGAAGAAUGUCCUUUGGGAAGACAGCUAGUUCCUCUGGAUAUCCCAGACUACCUGCAAGUAGAAACAGAAGGUGAAAGAGACUCUCCUAAAAAGAAGAAAAAGAAGAAAAAGAAGCAGAAAAAAACCAGACCAUCACAGUCCCUGCCUCCUGAAAUAGCCACUGAUCCUGAGCUAGCCAAAUAUUGGGCACAGCGGUAUCGACUGUUCUCUCGAUUUGAUGAAGGUAUUCAGUUAGAUAGAGAGGGAUGGUUUUCCGUAACACCUGAGAAGAUUGCAGAGCAUAUUGCAGAGCGGGUGAAGCAGUCCUUCAACUCUGACAUCAUAAUUGAUGCAUUCUGUGGUGUCGGAGGGAAUGCUAUUCAGUUUGCCUUGGCAGCAAAAAAAGUAAUUGCAAUCGAUAUUGACCCUGCAAAGAUUGCUCUUGCUCACAACAAUGCAGAAGUGUACAGCGUGGCAGACCAGAUAGAGUUCAUAUGUGGCGACUUCAUGCAGCUGGCACCCGGGUUGAAAGCAGAUGUUGUGUUCCUUAGCCCUCCAUGGGGUGGACCUGAAUAUGCUACUGCAGAAAUCUUCGAUGUUCAAACAAUGAUUUCUCCUAAUGGAUAUGAAAUUUUCAAGCUGUCUCAGAAGAUUACCAGCAACAUUGUGUACUUCCUUCCUCGUAAUGCUGAUAUUGACCAGAUUGCUUCUUUGGCUGGACCCGGAGGAAAAGUUGAAAUAGAACAAAAUUUUCUGAACAACCGAUUGAAGACCAUAACUGCUUAUUUUGGUGAUCUAAUCAAACAAAAUGUAUCCUGAUGUGGGUACUUGUGUUCUGUCUUGAAGAUUCACAUUGGAUCAUCCCAAACAUUAUUCUCUCCAUUAUUCAUUUAUUUUCAGAAUCUGUGACAGCUCUGUAAUGUUUGUGUUUGUUGACUUGAGAAAAAUUGUCCAGUAUAUUCACAGAUAUUAAUAAAAUAUUUUCUAAUAACA